AUGGGUCUUGGUAUCUUGGAGAAUAGCGCUCUGGCUCAUGUGCCUGGCACAUGCGAUAUCCUUCAAAGCGAGGAUUCGAGCGAACGCGCUACCGUCGAUGCCAGCCUCAAGUACGACCGCUCGGGAUCGGUCCCUAUUCUGCUCGUUCCUCAACCAAGCGAUGACCCUAACGAUCCACUGAACUGGCCGCUCUGGAAGCGCGAUGUCACUCUGUUGGCUCUAUCUUUUGUCUCGGUUCUUUGUGCUACGACCAGCUCUCUCAUGGCUGCCAACACCGUCACCAUUGCUCUCCAUUACGGUAAGAGCUUCACCUCCGUGGCCCUUCUCACCGGCUAUCAUCUGUGCGGGGUUGGAGUCGCCGGCAUCCUGAUUGUGCCCACGGCGCGAGUAUGGGGCAAGCGCCAUCUGUUUCUCCUGGGGAAUCUGCUGAUGGUAGUGAGCUGCGCCUGGGCCGGUGGAAGCAAAGAUAACUACCAAAGUCUGCUGUGGUCUCGCAUUUUCCAAGGAGUAGCCCUGGCCCCAUUUGAGGCGUUGGUAAACGCGUGUGUUGGUGAUUUGUUUUUCGUCCAUGUAGGUCCCCCCCCCCCGGUCGUCUGGUGGCGGCGGCGUGCUAAUAGUGCGUUGAAGGAACGUGGGAAACGGAUGGCGCUAUCCAAUGUGGCUCUCUUCGGGGCUGCCUUUCUCACACCGGUGCUCGCUGGUAAAAUAACGCAUUCCCUCGGAUGGCAGUGGACUUUCUACCUCUUGGCAAUUUUUACUGCAGCGGUCCUACCCCUGACUUUCUUCCUGGUCCCUGAGACAGCUUUCAGGCGCCCCGAUCAUUUAAACACCGAUUUCGAAUCUUUGCAUGGGCCGCAGACCGGACUUUGUCUUACGGUCUCGAAGGAAGGUCAAUCCCAGGGGGAACAGCAAAAGCACGCCCACGCCAGCAAUCCCAACUCCUCUGUGGCAUUUUCCUGGAAUGAGAAUCCUAGUCGACAGACCGCGGCGCCCUCGAAAGCGUCUUACAUUCAGAGCCUGAAGCCGUUCAACGGGAGAAAAACCGAUGAAAACUUCUUCAAACUUCUCCUGAGACCAUUCCCCCUUUUCUUUCAUCCUGCCAUUCUAUGGGCCUGCUUAAUCCAAGGCGCAAUUAUCGGAUGGACGGUGUUUAUCGGGGUUGUACUGGCCGCGAUCUUUCUCGGCCCUCCGCUAUGGUUUAACGAGGUUCAGACCGGGUACCUGUACACCGGCGCCUUUAUCGGCUCCAUUCUAGGCCUGAUCCUUUCGGGACUUCUUUCCGAUUCAAUGAAUCGGAUUAUGAUAAGACUCAACAAAGGCAGGUACGAGCCCGAGUUCCGGAUCCUGCUAGUGCUGUUCCAAUUAGUGUUCUGCGGUGUCGGGCUUUACGGGUUCGGCAUUGUGGCCGAGGAUGUGGGCAGGUAUGGGUGGCUGGUGGUCGAUGUCUUCUUUGCGUUCGUCGUGGUCGGGAUGGUGAUGGGAGCCGUUGCUAGCGCGCUAUACAUCGUUGAUGCACAUCGAAAUAUCGCCAUCGAGUCGUUCACGUGCAUGUUGAUCUUCAAGAACAUCUUCAGCUUCAUCCUGACCUUCUUCGCCUACGAUUGGCUUGUGUCCAACGGCAUCCGACCGGCAUUCCUGGCCAUAUCUAGCAUCCAGAUGGGCAUCUGCGUGCUGAGCAUUCCUAUGUAUAUAUUCGGCAAAAGGAACCGCUCCUUUUUCACGCGACAUGAUAUUCUGAAGAUGCUUCGUCUCUGGUAG